UAAAACUGGGUGCUAUUGUGGCUGCUAACACAUUCCAGUGGAUAAACACUUACUGGGAUGAAACAUUACUUCAGAAAAAUUAUUUCUGAGAGAAAAAAACUGAGAACUAAUGUGAACGGCUGACCUUAAUGUAUUUUAAGGUCAAACGUAAAUAAUGACGUUUUACUAAAAUUUUGAUUGUUUUAAUAUGUUUAUCGUUAAUAUUUCAUCAGUCCUCUUAAAUUCUAAAUUAAAAUUAGGAAUUUAACGGAACUGAUUAAGUAAUAACCGGAUAGGAAACAGAGGGAUUAAUGCCUCAGGUUACAUGUGACACGAAAUAAUCUCUCUGUUAGCCUGUUAGCAGCUAAUAACGCAGAACAACUUCCUGCUACCUUCACCGGGCUAGUAAGAGUCUGAACAUGAGAUACUAAUAUUAUCUAUGAGUCUCACAGACGCGGAUUUUUCGAUGCAGACAUUUAACUGAUCAAUGGACUCUGAGCACGAGACUGGGUGAUAAUAUCAUCAUGCCAUCCGCAAAGCUGCUAAAGAAUGCCCAAUACAUUGAACUGGGCAGUUACCAGUAUUGGCCAGUUCUGGUGCCCAGAGGAAUACGCCUGUACACUUAUGAGCAGGUGCCGGGAUUCCUGCGGGAAAAUCCUUAUAUCACUGAUGGAUACAGAGCCUAUCUGACCUCUAGACUUUGCAUUAAAAGCAUUUUUAUUCUGUCUAAUGAGACCGUAAACAUUUGGAGUCAUCUGUUGGGGUUCUUCCUGUUCUUCACGCUGGGAGUUUAUGACUUGUUGGCAGUGCUGCCUAUGUUAAGAGCGUCCAGAGAGGACUAUGUCAUUUUCUCCAUAAGCCUCUUCUGCUUCCAGGUGUGCAUGCUGUGUUCUGUGGGCUAUCACCUGUUCUGCUGCCACCGUUCCGAAAAAACCAGCCGCCGCUGGAUGGCACUGGAUUAUGCUGGGAUCUCCAUAGGAAUCAUAGGCUGUUAUGUUCCAGGAGUGUUCUAUGCGUUCUACUGCAAUAACUACUGGCGGCAGGUGUACCUGGUAACCGUUCUGGCCAUGAUGCUGGCAGUGUUCUUCGCCCAGAUACACCCUCAUUACUUGACCAAGAAGUGGCAGAAGCUUCGCUCUGUUAUAUUCUGUGCUGUGGCAGGAUAUGGCCUCAUCCCCACCUUUCAUUGGAUCUGGCUCAGUGGGGGUUUCAGCUCAGACAUAGUCCAGGAAUUUGUUCCCAGAGUACUAAUAAUGUAUGUACUUGCUGUAGCUGCCAUCAUCUUCUACAUGUCCAAAGUUCCAGAGCGUUAUUUUCCAGGUCAGCUGAACUACUUAGGCUCCAGCCACCAGGUCUGGCACAUAUUGGUGGUGCUCAUGUUCUACUGGUGGCAUCAGUCUGCACUUUUCAUAACCAACUAUCGACACGCUCAUCCUUGCUCAGACCACCCUCUUCAUUCCUAGAGUUACAGGGUCGGGCGACACCACUGAGGACUGCUGUAUAGCAUUUUAACUGAUCUGAAAGCUUGAACGCAUUUAUUGUUUGUAAAAGAUGAUUGCCAGGUGUAUGGAAUACAUCUUAAUCUUCCAUCUAUUUUGACACUUUUUAUACAUUUUGUAAAAAUGCCUGGAUGUUUCAGUAUAAUUAGGCACAUGAGGCAAGCAGUGUUAGGCUUUUAAAAGCACUUUUAAAAAUCAAGGUGAUGCACCAUUUCACAGCAUCUGCACGUGGGGGUUUCUACAUCUUGGGUAACAUGCAGGUUUUGUGGGCAAAACGUCUGUUACAUGUCAAUAGUUAAACAUUCAGUAUUGCAUUGUGAGUUCAAUACUAUUUUGAUGUUUACAUUUUGUAUUUGCACCUAAAAUUCAUAAGCUCAAUAGUACCACACAAAUGAUUUAUGUUGGAUUUGCGUGAACAUGACUUUUUAAAUAAAUGUACAUAUAGUAGUUUAAAUGAGACUCCAGUCGUAUAGUCUUAUUUACAACAUAAACCAAAGAAAUUUCAUAGGGCUUGUUCAAUAAUUGGUGAGCAAAUGUUUUACACAACAAAACGUAUUUUGAGUGUAUUAUGUUGAUGUGGAGAGUCGACCCGUUUACCAUUUGCUUUUGCUAAGUUUGUUGUUAACAAUGGCAAUUUAAAAAUCCUUCCAUACAAUUAAUGCAUUUAACACUAAUCUGUAUUGAAUUUGAUCUUUGUGUAAUCUGUUGCUGUAUCAAGUCAAAAGGUUCUAAUGUGAAAGCUACUUGUUUUGUUCAUUUUCUGCCUUACAAUAGUGAACUGUACAGCGGUACAAUUGCAUUUUUUUAAAUGGCAAAAUGUGUGUUUUUAGUGCUUAAUGGUAGGGUGAUGUGCUGUUAAUGAAUCAUGAUGCUUAAUGUAACAUUUUAAUUUAUUUGGUUGGUAAUAUGUUGGGAUAUCUGUUAUUGAAUAAACCGUAACGUUGUCCUUUUUU